UUAUCCCCAAUGCUAAAAGGCUUCCAACUUGGGGAAAGGAAAGGUCAGGGACGAUCACCAGCCCAAGCAGAAGUCCAGGAUCAAGGAGCCCAGGAAGGACCCUCGCUCCAAGCAACAGAGGGGAGCUCGGGGACAGAGGAGAAGGAAGAGCCAAGUGAGGACAGGGAGGAAGAGGAGCCAGUAGCUGAAAGGACCAGGGCAAGGACAGAGCUAGUCUCUUUGAACGCUCCCCUCAGACAAGUGGAUCAGUUGGUUGUUAAUAAAGAUGAUCCUACAGAUACAGCAACUGCCCCUCUAUUUCAACAUGUGCCCUUCACAACUUCGGACCUUCUUAACUGGAAAUUUCACUAUGGGCCGUUUAGUGAAAAGCCCACCGAAGUUGCAGACUUAAUUAAAACUAUUGUAGACACCCACAACCCCAAUUGGAUGGAUAUGCAACAGCUUAUGGGAACAUUGUUCAAUCCGGAGGAAAGGGAAAAGAUUAGAAUAGCAGUGGCAAAAAUUGUGAAGCCUGAUUUGCCUACACUCUACACUAUCGAAGACUAUGUCGAAGAGAAGUUCCCUUCUAAAGACCCUAAAUGGAAUCCAUAUCGUGACCUCAAAGAGUUACAGGCUUAUCAGCAAUUAGCAGUGCAAGCAGUCCGUGCAGCAGGGAAGCCAGCUGUUAAUAUGUCUAAACCCUCUUUGGUGGUGCAGGAAGCCACAGAAAGUCCAGAAGCAUUUUAUGCUCGACUGCUUGAAGCCUAUCAAAUGUACACCCCUAUUGACCCAACAGAACCUGACAAUGCUAGAAUGCUUGCCAUGGCUUUUAUCUCACAAAGCGCCCCUGAUAUCCGAAGAAAGCUGCAAAGAUUGGAAGGAGCCUUAGGAAAGCCCAUGAGUGAGCUGAUGGAAGUAGCCAGGAAGACUUUUGUGAAUAGGGAAAAAGAGGAGGAGAAGAAGAAGGAUCAGAAAAUGCAAAGGAAGGCUGAGCUGCUUGCAGUAGCUAUGAUGGGGGUGCCAAGGGGAGGUGGAAGAGGCAGAGGAAGGGGAAUGGUGUUGGGACGGAACCAGUGUGCCAUAUGUAAGAAGGAAGGACACUGGAAGGGUGAAUGUCCAGAAAGAGAGAGAGAGGAGGAACGAGAAGAGGGAAGAGGAAGAUUUGCAAGUUUUGCCAGAGGCUUCAGAGGUAAUUCAAGAAGGGGCCAGAGAGGGAGAGGAAGAGGAGAACAAUCUUCAAGGACCCCCCUCAUAGGCCUGGCCGAAACUGAAGAAUGGGACUGAG